AUGGUUCCGAUAUUACUUGAUAUAAUUAUGCCGUUAAAUGAAUCAAGACCAAGAGUAUUGCCAUUUCCAACUCAAUACUUUGUGAAUCCCAAAAUACAUUUUAAUAAACUUUACGCUCAUCAGUUUUUAGUCAAUUGGACAGCUAUAACGGCGUUUUUUGCAUUUGACGCAUUGUAUGUAGCUUUUGUACAACACGCUUGUACAAUGUUCACUAUAAUUGGAAACCGUUUGAGAAAUUUGACUGCCGACAACGAUCAAAACGAAAGCGGUAUCAAUGCACUGGUAAUUUGUAUAAAGAUGCACAAGGAUCUUCUAAAGUUUACUUCGCUUUUAGAAGAACAUUACACCAAUUACUUUUUGUUUAUGCUGGGUGUCAUUGUGUUGAUGCUAAGCGCUACGGGUUUUCAAUUUGUAGUAAUGGAAAAUGAUGCAUUUGAAAAAAUACGGAUUGUUUGGUAUGGAACCGGCCAAGUCACUCAUUUGUUUUUCUUGAGUUACUUUGGAGAAAAAUUAAUAGAACACAGUGAGACUGUCAAUGAAUCAUUAUGUGCUGCUAAAUGGUAUAGUUUUCCUCAGAAGAUGAAAAUUUUGUUUAUGAUAAUGAUGAUAAGAAGUAAGUCGGUCUCAUCAUUAACUGCAGGGAAAAUUUAUGUUAUGUCUGUAGCGAACUUUGGCGCCGUUAUGAAGUCAUCGUUUUCGUAUUUUACAGUUUUAACUUCGGCCCAGUGAU